AUGGGCGUCGAAACGCGCCGCAGACCGGUCCUGCCUGCCCCCACUGAAUCCAUUGUCGACACCAACACCACCGGCGGCAGCGUCACAGGCACUGAUCUGGCAACUGACAUCUCUCGCCGCACAGACAAAACCUCUUACUCCAUUCCAGACGACGGGACUCCCGUCACUAUCCCCACCCGUCGGAAACAACACCAUCGUUCCCGCGGGGACGAUUCCAAGCUGUCCCGCUCGUCGCAACACUCCCAGACCUCCCUGCUCAUCGAGUAUUUCGAGGGCGGGAAGGGUUCUGGCUCCCUGGUUUCGCGGCCCAGCGUCCGUGUCCGAGUGACCCCUUCCUCCGCGCGGAAGCUGAAGGACCAAAGAGACCAUAUUCAAAUCACCGAGUCUAGCGGCAACCGUAAACCGGUUUAUUCCCGCCGCAUUUCCCUCAGCUCGCCCCACAAGCACCGGUUACUGGCCGAGUCCGGCCCCGAUGAUCAAAGUAUAAGCUCCUCCAAUUCAGCUACCGAUGAGAACCAGCCUCCUGGCCAUUCCCCCGUUGAGAUUGAGCUCAUGGAUCGCCAUCGUGGUAGUGAGGUUUCCAGCCUGUCGCGCGACACACGGUACAUGCUGCCCGCCUCGGAUAUCUCCUCCAUGCCUGCAGAUAGCAUGCUGGAUACCCCCUCGUCUGGCCUCCGUCGCAAACGCAGUCAAAGCCUAGAGCGAGGUCCAAGCCACGAGUCCAAGGACUACCUUAAGACCCCGAGACGACAAAGAAGUCGCAGCCUAAGCACCGAGCGGAUCGCUCAUCGCGUGGCAGAAAAGCUUAGCAGCGAUCCUCGCGACGGCUCCCGACAGCGUCGACGGGCAGAGAAAAGGCACGACGACAUGAUCAGUCCCGAGUCCAGCCUCCUCAGCGCCUCGGCCGUCUCCUCGCAUCGCCGAUCCGGUGACCAGUACUCCUUCCGAUCCGGGACCUCCAAAUCGUCCAUCAACAACCCGAAACUACUUGAAACCGUCGAAGACGCGAUUCGGAGGUUGAUCCUGCCCGAACUGAAAGAGCUGAAGAAAGACCAAAAAGUCAUGUCGAAUACUUCCAAGUUUGACCGGGACAUGAAUGCCUCGCACUCCUCCGCCAGUACACCAUCACGGGAUGGACUCGGAAGGCGACUGUCAAAACACGCAAGUGCGCCUGACGUUAGGAAGCCCAAAGUUGUUCUCAACAAGGAUAGUCGUGACGAGGGGAUCACUAUUUCGGGAGAUUCAGUCCCCUCUCGGGCCGAGCGGCGAUCGAGUAAGGGUAGCGAGAAGUCUCCAGAUAUUGGCUACGUCAAAUGGGCCAAUCGGCCAGAGUUGACUGAGCAAGAAAAGCUGCGGCGCCAGCGAAGCAAAGGGCUGCGCGAGGCAGAAAAAGCGGGCCUCGUCGGUAGCGCCCUAACAGCGGCGGCUCUCCAGCAUCACGAUUCGCGAUCGAGCUUGGCUAGUAGCGAAGGUAGACGCAGAAGCAGCGGCCCCCAGAGCCCGAUAGGAGGCAUCAACGAGACUGAGCUGGUCUUCCAGAGACACAACAUUGCUCCCAUGCCGUUACGCAGUGCAAUCGAGUCAGAUCUGACAAGGGCUUCACUGCUCUCAGAGCAGUCUGCCGAUCCCUAUUCUUACGAGGAGUCUAAAGAACACGACAUCUCGCGUGGGUCGUUUUACCAAACCAUCUCCCCUACUCCACGAUCCCCGGGUCAGGCUUCUCUGGACUCGCAGCAUGAUUUGAAGCUCAAGCACAGCAACCUAUCUAGCCAUAACUUGUCUCUGCGCAGCGUCUCGAGUCAUUCGUCCGUCGGAGGUGCUUCGGCCGGAGCUAUUGCGGCGGCGGCUGCAGCCAACUUGCUUGAUGUACAUGCAGGACACCAUGACACCGAUUAUAGUGACCUCACAAGCCGACGACGGACACUCAGCCCAAUUCAAAGCGUGGCGAGCAACAUCAGCCAGUCUCCAGUAAAGCAGAACUCGACUUCUUAUGAUCACCACGACUUUUCCGACGAUGAAAAGGGGCUGGAGCCGCGUUUGUCCAUUGAUUCGCUCUCGUCUGCUCCCAGCACCAACCUCGCAAGGUCAACCCGCCCGGAAGGACUCAGCAUCAAUAGUCAGACUGAGUCCCUUCGAAACCAAUAUGAUCCUGGGCACGAGCUGGGCUACGAGGAGACGCCUAGAGCAUCGCCACGAGGCAGUCGCUGGGUUGAACAUUCGGAUGGAGAAGACGACGGCGACGACUAUGCCCACUCGACUGCGAGCACUGAGCGCAACAGAAUGCCUGGACACAACGAGGACAGCGAGGUUACUUUCAUGGACCACGCGAAGCAAGGCCAACCUGUCGCUGAAGGUGUCGCCGCCAAUCCUCGCUUUGUCCAUCCCCUCGCCGUAGAGUCGGCAGUGGCUUCGCUCUUGGAUCCCACUAUUCUAGACACCAAGUCCAGUCAGUCUGCUGCUAAUCGCUCCAUGAACGACAUUCCCGAACAAGCCGAGAGCGAUCGGGAUGAGGCGAUGGACAAAUUGGAUGACUCUCCUCAUGCUUCUCGCCAAGGAAGUCCUCUCAAGCAAGGCCACAAUGUGUCAAGUCCUGAUGCUACAUCGUUCCCGAGACGUAUGGGUGCCACUUCGCCUCCGCAGAGUGUGACCCAGUCUUAUGAAGACUUGACAGAUCCUACUCACAUGUUCGCCGGAAUCCGCGACCAGAGCCCCCUUCCCGAGGAAGACCCACUUCCAGAUACUGAAUCGGAAAUCAAUACCAAUCCUUCCAUUAUCCAAGGACCGGCGGCUCAAGAAGCUAGUUGGUCGUUCAAUCAGACGCCUUCCAAAGAUGCUCCGUCUCCUCUCUUCGAUAAGGGUGGCGCCGUUUCUGGUGCGGCUGCUGGUGCGGGCCUGGGUUUGGGGUCGGUCGACCAAGCACAAUACGACCAGGAAUAUUACCCCGAGGACGAAUAUGCUGCAAAUGACUACUACGACCAACAAUAUUCGCGGCAAUUGUAUGGGACACCUCUUGGAGCCAAAGACGAGGGCUAUGUCUCGGCUGCCAAUCCCCGUUCUCCAAGCGUUGAUACGCCUGAACCAUUGAAAAAAGGGAUGGGAGGGAUUGAUGCCAACAUGGGUAUGUUCGACAGUCCCAUGGGAGCUGGUGAUUUCGUACCCGGCCAUCAGCGACAGCUGAGUGGGUACUCCCAUGGGGUUGGAUCUCCGCUAUAUGACAGUGCCACUGGCAAAGGCAUCGAUCGUAUUCAGUCCAAGGACAUCGUCGCACUCAUGGACCAUCUUACUGUACGCGAUGCGCAACGGAACGCCAGAGAUACGGAAAUUCUGGUGACGCUGGUUCGAAGCGCGGCCGAGAUGCGCAACUCGUUCGAGGAAAUGAAGAAGUUCAUCGCUCAGCAAGAUGGAAUGCUCAUGGAGGCCAGCGACAGACAGCACGAGCGUACAUAUCGGGCUGUUGGCGGACCGCGCCCACUGCCGGUCAGUGCGCGCAGCGCUCGUCAAAUGUCUGUGGACGAUGGCGAGGAACUGAGCCAGAAGCGCAAGAACAUCUUCAAGCGUGCGCUUAAGGGCCUGAGUAUGAAGAACUCGAAUGAUCUGACCAAGAUCGAGGAUAUGUUGGAGCAAUUGCUGGAGGAGGUUGAGGCUCUCCGUCACAAUCAGGAUCACGGGUUUCCGCGCAAUGGUAACCGGGCUGCCAGCGUGGAUCCGGAAGGCUAUGAGCCAGAAGGUCAUGCGGGAACUUCCUCUCCUGGGAAUCCCUCCGAAUACCUUUCGACGUCGUCACAGCUCGCCCAGGAUCCCAAUCAGUUCCGGAAAGGCCUCGAGAACCGUGUGAGCACGGUCCAGGAGGUUGAUGAGGAUAUGGAAGACGAUCGCGGGGAAUUCCUGAGCCCUCACCUGGUGUCUCAGCCGAACCUCAACAACCGACAGGACCGAGCUGGUUCGGCUCCUGUCUCAACACCCCCUCGGGACGCGAUGGCCUCGGGGGCUCUUAGCACUGACACCACCCCGAAGACUACCGAGAAGGCAAAGAAGCACAAAUCCAGCAGCUCCUCGUUCUUUCCCAAAAUCUCACGCUGGUCGAAGACCACCGCCUCGUCGAUGGGUGACAACAUCCGCAACAGCAUUCAACCGAAUCGCAAAGAGCGGGCGUCUUUUGAUGCUUCGCGCUCCGGGUCCGACCUCGCACAGGGGCCAUAUCAAACGACAAAUUAUUAUGAUCCUCAGGGCGAAGAUCGACUGCGCUCCACUUACACCUUAGAUGACCAGCAACAUGAGAACCGACCACCGUCGCCGUUGGUGCCAUCUCAGGUGUCUGAAACGCCCAAGUACCGGGCUCACCGCGGUAGCCUCGACCUGCACCAUCCCCAACCCCGCCAAGGACCCACCGGACGGUACCAAUCCCAGCUGGAAACGCAGGCUCAGGUUUACACUGCACCGUCCGACCACUGGGGAUCGAAUCCCAGCUUGACGGGUGUAAAUGCCAAUCCGCGCUACAGUGGUGGCGGCCGGCUAUCUCCCAUCUCGGACGCAGGUUAUUCAGAAGCCAGUUCUCGCCAGACGGGACCCCCGCGACCCCCGAAGAUCAAAGACGAAGGGCCCCUGAUCCCGGAGAGGCCCCCCAAGGUUAAGGAUGACGACGAGCGGUCGUAUAUGGAUCGUGUCGUUUCACGGAGUUCUGCUGUUCAAUCCCCACGCAGCACGCCUCCCCCGCGCAAACCGACGGGGCCUCGCCCCCUCAACUCGGGCAGUCAGUACAGCCCGGCGCGACGGAAGCGAAGCCAGUAUCGAGCGACCAGUCCGGAGCAGGUUGAUGCCGAGCUUGACUAG